UAUUAGGGAACUUUGUGUCAGCUCUCAACAAGUUCAUUGCUGAUCGGUAUUCAUCAAGUUAUUCAGUUUCUGAGUAUCACGUCUAUGAGUUUUGCAAGAUAUGGAACUGUUCACGUGACGAAGCUGAUAUGCGUGUGCAUGAGUUUUUUAAGACACCAUAUUUCAAGACAGGGAUCCACCCUCUCCCAGGUGCUCAGAAGGCUAUUCAGAAGUUAUCAAGAUUCUGUAGCCUAUCAGUUGUAACAUCACGACAGAAUGUGAUUAAGGAUCACACAAUUCAGUGGAUUGAGAAAAAUUUUCCUGGAUUGUUUCAUGAGAUUCACUUUGGUAACCACUUCGCUCUUGAUGGAGUUUCAAGACCAAAGUCAGAGAUUUGUAGAUCUCUAAAUGCUAAAGUUCUUAUUGAUGAUAACCCAAGAUAUGCCCUAGAAUGUGCCGAAGCUGGAAUUAGAGUUUUACUUUUUGAUUAUGAAAAUUCAUAUCCUUGGGCCAAGAAUGAGUCUGUUGAUCAACACCCCUUGGUGACCAAGGUCAAGAACUGGGGAGAAGUGGAACAACAAUUGCUGUCAUUGAUAUCUUCAUAAUAACAUAAAAUUCCUAAAGCAAGGACUUGUGGAGACCAAUUCUGUGUGAAGUAGUGAAACAGGUAGUUGUUCAUUAUAGUGGAAAUUCUCAUUACCUUACGAUAUGGAUAACUAGGGAAGCCUUGAAUGCAGAAGUGAACUUUCAAGUAUAGGGUACUACUAUAAUUAAGGUUCCAUGUUGACCAUAAAAUUGUAAGAGAUCUAAUGUUGGAUAAUGGUGAUAAAUGGAAUAAUACGCAUUUGUCUUCAUUAAAA